AUGAAUCUUGCGAAGAUCCGUCGACGUGAAAUAAAAGAUCAGCAAGAGUACUCGUCCGAGUAUCGUACUGAACUGUACGAAGAGGACGAGGACGAGGUGGAAGAGGAAUAUAUUGAGGAGGAGACGCGUACCUACAACGAACGUAUAGUUACAAAACGUCGCGAAUACAGUGGACAAGACGACUACCAUAGACACCGCGAACAGGGUAGACGAGACGAUUAUAGUUCGAAACGCGGGAACGACCACCGUCGGGAGUCGCGUCACGACGGUAUGGCAGUAGACUACUCUUCGCAAGAUUUUCGUCAGUCGCUAGCCGCAAUUGAUGCUGCGUCGCGGGAUGGGGUCGCAUCACGAGAAGGAGUUCGCAUACGUCAAGAAGGGGACACGACCAUCAUGACGGAGCAUCGGGAUCCGUACUCGUUCUAUUGGCAGCUUGAUCAGAAGCGUCGUCGCUCUGAAUCACCAAAACGCUACCCACCGCCAACUGACUACGUAAUUGAUGAAGAAGAGAAUCACAUGACUCUGGAGUCGUAUUCGAAAAUCAGUACAGUAAACCGCUACGAGUUAACCCGCCACCUCCUGCCGUUGAAGAAGAGCCGAAACAAUUACCGCCGGGAUGGGAAAAGCAUCAAGGCAAACCCAUCUGGGUUCUCCUACUAUUGGCAUGUAGACAGUGGAACAAUUCAACGAGAGCCACCGCGCGCUCAGACUCCACCGCGCAGUCCUUCACCUCCACCACCAAUUUAUUCUAGGACAACUUAUAGCCGCGAGACUCAAGCAGAUGCACCACCAUCACCUCAGGUGAUUCAGCUUCCACCUCAUCAACCCGUCAUCGAGGAACACGCAUUCAAGCAGACGACUACGAAACGACGUAUCGAAAAUUCUCAAGAAAGUGAUGGAGAAGAAGAAUUCGGAUACCGCAAGCCAAUUCGCUUUGCCGUACGAUCACUGGGCUGGACCGAGAUUGCUGAGGAAGACUUGACGGCUGAGCGAAGUUCACGAGCUGUUAACAGAGCAAUCGUUGACUUGUCUACGGGGCGUAACGAUGUAAUGGACAACGGUCGUGAACUCAUUAUGGAACUUGAUGACAAUGAACUCUCCCUAAUCGAUCCUGAUACAAUGACUGUAGUGCAUUCGGAAAAAAUUCAGCAGAUUCGUGUUUGGGGCGUUGGUAGGGACAAUGGCAGGGACUUUGCCUAUGUGGCUCGCGACCGUAACUCACGUCGCUUCAUGUGCCAUGUGUUCCGAUGCGAUACUCCUGCGAAGACCAUUGCUAAUACGCUUCGGGACAUAUGUAAGCGACUGAUGCUCCAUCGACGGCCAACUAGCUUGCAUGCAAUUGAUGCAGUGCCGGAAAGACGUGUAAUCCGAACAGAUGGUCUAGUAACGCCGAAUGAAGAACCCAAGAAGGUGAUACGGUGUCAUUUCCUUGGAGUCACCCAGGUGCCUCGUGCAACCGGAAUUGAAAUUCUCAACGAAGCUGUAGAUAGACUGGUGUCUCAGGUUCGACCAGAACGUUGGAUUCUCUCCGAUGUCUCCAUAGCACCUUCCACGAUUACCAUAGCUGAAGUUGGAGGCGGUCAAAUAGCUCAAUGUCGCGUGCGCUAUCUCUCUUUCCUAGGGAUCGGACGCGAUGUAAAGCACUGUGCUUUCAUUAUGCACACAUCAUCGGAGAACUUCAUGUGUUACGUGUUCCAUGUUGAACCGUCGGCAGCAGCGAUGGCAAAAACGAUUGAAGCUGCAUGUAAAUUACGCUACCAGAAGGUGUUAGAUGCCCAUGCUGGACGCGCACCGCAGCAUAUCAACAAUCAUGACACCUCUUCAAUCGGCAAGGGAUGGACAGAGUCUCUGCGUGAUGUGUUCGGCUCGGUAACACAGCGAAUUGUGCCGUCGCGAUCAUUGCAAAGUAUAUGA